UCACGCACCCUGCAACUGCAUCACCUCCACCUCAUCGGCAAGCAUCGUUUCCACCCGCCCUUCCCACGCAGCCCAUCCGACUCGCGCCAGACACGAGGCCCCUAUUAGGCCCCCUACUGCCAGCUCCCACAGGCACAGCCAGUCCGCCCCUUGCCUGCCGACCACGAGCUGAGGGCCCACUGCCCUAUCGUUUGGGGCGGCGGCUUCCGCAAUCACCCGCGUCGACAUCAGGGAGGACGCAAAGGCGGGCUGGGAGGAUCCGGAGGCCAUGAAGAUAACGCCAAGCGCCGUUCGAAUCUGGGGAGGGGGCCGCAGGCUGGUGUCGAUGAAGAAGCCGUGUGUGUCUCCAUUCGCGCGGACGAGGAACAGCAGGGGGGUCGCAUGGCCAACACGACAGAGCAUGUCAGUGUACGCAAAGCCGUGCACCGUCGCCCUACAUGCAUACACACGAGAGGAGAACGAGAGAACAAAAUCAGACGCCUCAGGGGCCAGACUAUCCACUUGGUGUUUCUCUUACUUGUAGAGCGGCUGGAUGCCUGUGAUGUCUUUGCCCGUCUUCCGUAGUACGGCCAUUAGCUGAGCGGCGGAUGCGAUCACAGAGGGACUGGGGAUGCCCGGCCCAUCGCCAUGAAGCCGCAUCAUGGGCUCCAUCGCCAGGCCGUGUCUCUCCAUCGCUGCAAGGAGUGGCGCCUUCAGACACCGAGGAGCAUAUGGGGGGUCGAUCACAGUCAUGGGCGUGGCAGCACUAAUGCGGCCGGCGAAGUCACAAGCCAGUAUGUCCGUCGAGGCCUCAGUAGCAAGCGCAGCAAGAGAGGGGAGGUAUCCAUGCAACUGGGCCGAAGGGCAGGCAGUGCUAUGGGAGCAGGCAAAUGCUGCCUUCCGCAUCUGGGCAAUGGAGACACAGAAAAGACGAACGGUAUAGUUUCCUGAUACCUUCCAUGCCAAUACGACCAAGGCCUACCGCUUGGAUGUCGUUACUCGUCAAAACAAGGUACUUGCGAUUCGUCAUUGCCCUCACCAUGCCGCCCAUCUGAUCCAAGAUCUGAUCAGGCCCGAAUCGCCUCUCGACGGCCAGCUUGAGGGCAUCCAGAUGGGAAUGUUGGGGCAGGACCACUAUCAGCUCAGUGAUGGACUCGAUCUCAAGAAGCGACCAAAUGCUCCCCAGAAUGAAGGCGCCUGGAUCGACAAUGUGGGCCGACGGCACUGAAAACCAGCGAGACACAGAGGUGCAACUUGGUCAGCAAGUUGAUUCUUCUCCAUUUCUUCGCCACUUACCAUCCAAGUGCAUGAGUAUGCUCUUGAUUGAGGGCAGUUGGUCCUUCCAAUCGCCCAGUGUGAUCCCUUCCCUCUCGUCCUCGGCCUUGAUGAACUCAUGGAUGAGACGAGCGGGAUUCCUAGUCAGAGACAUGAAGCCGAGAGACAGCCGGUUGAUCGCACCACGAUCUCCGGCCAUGAGCGCCUGACGCAUCUCUGUCUCGCUGCCGCACACUGUGAGCAUAUCCAGUGAUGGCAUGUGCCGUUUCAGCCUUGCCACUAGUCGUAUCGCCACCUCUCCCUUGGCCAUGAGCUCCUUCACCCCUUGCAGCUUCUUGUUGACGAUCAACGCAUAUGCGCUGUCCAGCUGGGCCACUUGCUGUUGAAUCUCUCCAUCUUGUGCCCGCAAGGAGUCAAGCUUCAGCCUCUGCGGCAUCUGCACGGAGGAAAUUCCCUCCAGCAGAGCCAGCACGUCCAUCGCGCCCAUGUCCAUCAGCACCAGGCUCUCUAAGUGCGCACCCUUUGUCAGGACCAUCUUAGCCACUCCAAGCCCCAUACGGUGCUUGACGAUCAGAGCCUUCACCCCCUCAAGUCCAGAUGGGCUGAGUGCUCUCAGCUCCGGAGGCUCAGGUGGGAUGGCAUCCGCUGGCGGAGAGAAACCCUCAGCACACUCGAUGCAAAAAAUGCAAUCCGCAUGCCCAUUCCCACAGCCUCCUAAUGUCAGCUCCUCCAUCAGGCUGAGAUCGAUGGGGCCGUUCUGUGGUCUGGCAACAUGGUCUUCUGUGACCGUCCAAACAUAGUGGAAUGCGGAAGGUGGCGCUGGCUGCGUGUAGCUCUCAAUCGAAGGACAAUCGUAGGGUGGCUCAGGCCAAUCCUCUUCGGGCUUCAUACACAAGUUGUGAUGUGUCAGCAAGGUAUUGAGGAUCGGCAGACCGCAGCUAGGCACCUUGCCGAAUCGCGUGUAUGCUAGAAGGUGGGCGAGAGGGAUGUCUCCCACGUCGUCGGUAGGAAAGCCAAGAGAAAAGACGACAUCGCCGGAUGGCGAGCAGGUCGCGUCGAUGAAUGUGGCGAGGGCCUUGAACGUCGCAUAGUCGUUGAGGAUCAGCGAAUGGCAGUCGCUGCGAUCCACGAUGAAACACAGGUAAUCGAGCGACUUCGAGCAGCCACGAUCGACCAAACAUUUCUGAAACCAGAAGACAAGCGUGGCAUCGUUUCCUCUUUCCUUUUGGAGCCACCUGAAGGUCUUGUAGGCCGUCUCUGAGAUCGGUCGAUGCAAUCCCACAGAGUUUGAUGCUAAUAAUCACCCGGAGGUACGCAAGAGGCCCCGGACUCCCCGGCUCCCCCGUCUCGAUCCAGUGUAGCAGCCAAGCCAGCUGCGAUGGCGCCAUAGGAAACACCGCGUUCAGUUCGACAAGCGACCGCGUCACCAAAAGAUAUGGCCAAAGGUUUGUCACGUCGAAUGUGCUCAACUCAGACAAGCGCUGGAGGGCUCCCAU